AUGGCAAUCGACGAUCUCUCAACCAUCGAUGCCUCUAAAGAGAACUGGUGUAUUAUCGCAAAGGUGAACCGGUUGUGGCUUAGUCCAAGCCUAUAUGGAUCCAAGCUUCCAUUUUCCAUGGACAUGAUACUCAUGGAUGAGAAGAUUUCGUUCUUCGGCGUUGGAGAAAGCGGUCGUGAUUUCCGACCGACCUCGCAUCCUUUCAAAAUUAACUUUGAUAUUCAUACAUCUGUGCGCUUGGUUCCCAACAAGACCAUUGACUUGAGCCCGUACAAUUUUGUACCAAUAUCUGAUAUAAUGUUCAAGGAUCUUGAUACGUCUUUUCUGAUAGAAUUCGAAAAAGAUGGUGGGAAGCAAAAAAGAAUUACGAUUGAACUUGAUCAAGAUGGGGCUCGGGUUGAAUGCGCCUUUUUUGGAAAGUAUGUCGAUGAGGUCGUUGGUUACCUUGGAUCUGCUGAUGCAACCAAUGCCGUUGUUGUUGUGAGUUGUGUCAAAGUCAAGCCCUUUAAAGUUAAGACAAGUCUCCAAAAUGUUUACGGAGCUACCAAGGUGAUUUUUAAUCCUCUCAUAGAAGAAGCUGCCCCCCUCCGAACUAGGUUUUUGGAAUCACAUGAUAGUGCAGUGCAUGUCAUCAGUCCGCUGCAAGAUUCUGCAAGAAAAACUACCCCUGAAGAUGAUUUUUUAAAGCAGAAUGAUGGGAAAACCAUUGAGCAACUAAAAGAUCUUGCAGAGGAAUCAAAAAAGGAUAUCAAGCAAGUUAUUGAUCAUCUAAUUUGA